AUGCCUGUUACUCAAAAUGCAAAAUGUGCUGAGGCUCAUGUCGGAACUUUCAAUGACAUCGCAGGAAAUCAGCGCAAUAUGCACAAUACAAAGAUCGCGAUCAACCAGUCUGACCAUUCAGAUAAGGAAAUCCUCGCGAAGUUGGAUCCCGUUAAUUACAAUCGUCACUACCUACAGCCAUGUAUGGAAGAUACCCGACAGGAUAUCCGCAAGAGAAUUGACGACUGGCUUGACGAUCCCAUCGCAGCGAAGAACAUCCGUGGAUCAAGGGCAGUCCUGGCGCUGGAAAGUCCGCCAUCGCUUCCAGCUUACAAUCUCGCUCUCAGCAACCCCGCUGCUCUGUGGCGCACUAUUGCGCACCAACUUGCCAGAUCUGAUCCCAAGUUUGCAUCUACUAUCAUCAAAACUCUCAACGUGAAUUUGGUUGAUCCACAAAGGCCAAACAUUGAAGAUCAUUUUGAUUCUCUUAUUGUGGAACCCUUGAAGGCCUGCUUUAACGAGCAACUGCAGGAUAGGAGGUAUCCGGUUAUCGUAGUGGAUGCCUCGGAUGAGUGCCAUGAUUUCUCUCAGGAGUCUCAACGAACGGCUUUAUUGGACACUCUCGCACAGUGGCCUGGUGCGCUGCCCCCAGCGUUCAAAUUAAUCAUCGCUAGCCGAGUUGAGCGCAUCCCUUUCGAUUUUCGUGAAGUCUGCCAAGAUAUCGUCUUACCAAUCAGAGAUCAAGUAACAUCUACGACUACAGAUGAUAUUAACACCUUUUUUCACAAUCGUUUCGCCGAAAUAAAGAAGAGGUUUUCUUCGCUACGAAAUACUGAUUGGCCAGGAUCUCAGGUUAUUCAGCAACUCACAGGUCGUGCGGCGGGCCUCUUUAUCUGGGCAGAGACUGCAAUGCGUUUCAUUGGUCGAGGUGAUCCACAACAUCAGUUGUCAUUAAUCCUCUCUGGGGAAUAUUUAGAUGACCAGUAUGUGAGCUAG